UCCAGAUCGUGUUGUUCAUCUUGUCUGCAGCUUUGAGUUUUGUGAUCAGUGCUGAAGGUUUGAUCGAAGUGUUUGGAUAUGAGGGAAGAGGUGUAAAUGUUUCAUGCCACUAUGACCAGGGAUAUGAGAAUAGCAAAAAAUACUUUUGUAUGAAUGACUGUGGCUCCAGUGACAUUCUCAUUACAACAAAACAGAAGAAUAAAGGCAAAUAUUCCAUCACUGAUGAUAAAAAUAACAGAAUCGUCACAGUGACCAUCUCUGAUCUUCAAUCACAUGAUGCUGGGAAAUACUGGUGUGGAGUCACUAGGUGGGGAAAAGAUACCUACAGUGAAGUAAAACUGUACAUAAAAGAAGACAGAUGCUGCUACAAAGUGAAUAAAAUCCAAAGUAUUGAGGAAGGUUCAGUGACCAUCAGCUGUCCGUACGACUCUCAGUCUAUCAACAAGCUGAAGUUCCUCUGCAGAGGAAACCGGCCCUCCACAUGUCGACAGCAGGCAGUGAUCACCUCUAGCAACACACAAAAUGGACGAUUCAGACUCUCUGAUGACAGGAAGUCAAGAAUAUUCACAGUGACCAUUUCCAGUCUGACCCUGAAGGAUUCUGGGUCGUAUCUUUGUGGAGUCCAGAGAAACUCAGGAUUUGAUGUUUUCUCUGCUGUUGAACUGAAGGUCAAAGCAGAAUUGUUCUGUCUGAAGUCGUACAACAUCAGUGGCAUCGAGGGACGUCCAGUAACUCUGCAGUGUCCUAAUUCAGGACAACAACAUGAUAACAAGAAGUUCCUCUGUAAAGGAGACCAACACAACAACUGUACAGACAUGAUGGGAACCAAACAAUCUCUUCAAAAUCAAACCAGCUCUGUGGCUCCAACCAGCUCUGCUGAACAGGUUACAUCACAGCCACCAUCGCUGUCCCCAUCAUCACAUAAACCUGAUGUUUCUUUAUUCUACAUUCUGCCUGCGGUCUUCGCUCUGCUUCUGAUCCUGACAUUUGUCCUUUUGCUGGUUUUAAAAUACAAAACAAGGAUCAAGCAAGUGGACAGAAUCAAUGCAAACGUGUUGUACUCUGCUGAUAAUAAAGUGGAGAUGAGAAUCAAUGAUAUCUAUGAGUUACAAGAAGAUGCUGUUUACAUGAACUCUUCCACUCCAAACAUGUUAAGUCAUGACAAUGAUAUCUACAACAACGUCCUUUAAAGGAGACCUGCAGAAAUUAGGAAACACGUGACCAGAGUUUCUGCCAUCUUCUGUAACAGCUCAAUAAAGCAACCAAAUGCUGGUGUGUUUUCAUUUAGACAUGUUUUUAAUAUUUAUUAAAUAACGUUAUCUGAACGUGAGCUAUUCAAUAUUCACAA